UCAGUGUGCUCCUGCCCAGUGUUGGUUCAACCAGCGCAGUGCCAGCCUGUGCCGGGUAGUGCCCGUCGUGUGGCCCUCGUCGGGACAAUCUGUGGAGGCAACUCUCGCAGCCUCAGCGUCGCGGUGUCGUGAAGGAGUGUGUUCCCCGCUGUGCCCUCCACCCUUUGGUCAUGUGAUACUCGAGGCUGAGCGGCGCGCCUGGACUCUACUCUGGCAACAACGACCUGACCCUCGACGGUCGACGGGGAGCGAGACGCGAGUGACGGCGACGAGUUGGUGGACGAGCGGCGAGGCUCCCGUGCAGCAGGAUGGGCCCCAAGAACCCCGCGGAGGUCAUCCCCGACCACCCCAGCAAGAUAUGCUACAGGCCAGUCCGCGUCCCCCUGCCGCUGGAGGAACAGUCUGACAUCGUCAAAGGCAGCGAGCUGAUCCGCGUGUCCAAGCUGUCCAAGGAGGCGAAGGAGGCAAAGUUCAUGAAGUAUGUCUACGAGGACACGAGGACGCUGUACGACGUGUUCCGAAGGGGCGUCAGGGAGUCCAACAAUGGGCCGUGUCUGGGUUACCGCGAGGGCCCGGGCAAGCCGUACCAGUGGCUGCACUACAAUGAGGCGCUGCUGAGAGCCAAAAACUUUGGCGCAGGUCUGGUGUCCAUGGGCCUCAACCCGGGUCCGGAGACCUUCGUCGGGAUCUACGCCCAGAACUGUCCCGAGUGGAUUCUGACGGAGCAGGGACUCUACUGCCAGUCCAUGGUGAUCGUACCUCUGUAUGACACGCUAGGGCCUGAGGCUUGCAACUUUAUCAUUAAUCAAGCCUCCAUCACCACUGUGGUGUGCCAAGAUGACCGUAAGAUGGCCCAGCUGCUGCAAUCACCACCCAAGUGUCUCAAGAGGCUUAUUGCAAUCAAGGACAUCUGUGCUGAGACCUCUGACCGUGCCAAGAAGCUUGGGAUCACCAUAAAAUACUUUGAGGAAGUGGAAAGCAUGGGGGCGGCGAGCCAGCUGCCCGAACUGGCCCCCAAGCCCGGCGACCUGUGCACUAUCUGCUACACCUCCGGCACCACGGGCAACCCCAAGGGCGUCAUGCUGUCCCAUGAAAACAUUGUUGCAGACGUCUCCGCCACACUCCUCCAGCUGGCCGAACACAAGCCGCACAAGAGUGAUGUGUUAUUAUCCUUCCUACCGCUGGCGCACAUGCUGGAGCGGUGCUGUGAGGUGGCCGUGUAUAUAGCCGGCGGUGCUGUAGGCUUCUAUUCCGGGGACAUCCGUAACCUUGUGGAUGACUACAAGACACUGCGCCCCACCAUCACCCCGUCCGUCCCUCGCCUCCUCAACAGAGUCUACGAUAAGGUCACGUCGGCGGUCAACGGAUCAGGGAUAAAGAAACUCAUGUUGAAGAUGGCACUGGCCAGCAAGAAAUCAGAACUCGAAAGGGGUGUGAUAAGGAGAACCUCCAUAUGGGACAAGCUGGUGUUCAAGAAGGUGCAGGACGGCAUGGGUGGCCGCCUCAGGCUGCUGGUGGUGGGCUCGGCACCGCUGGCCGGCAACGUGCUGACCUUCAUGAGGGCGGCGCUGGGAUGUGUGAUCGUUGAGGGCUACGGGCAGACAGAGUGCGGAGCUCCGGCCACCCUGACCAUCCAGGGCGACUACAAGCCUGACCAUGUGGGUCCGCCCAUCGCCUGCAAUGCCAUCAAGCUGGUGGAUGUCCCAGAGAUGGACUACUAUGCUUCACAGAGCCAGGGUGAAGUGUGCAUCAAGGGCACCAACGUGUUCUUGGGCUACUUCAAGGACCCAGAGAAGACCCGGGAGACCAUGGACGGCCAGGGGUGGCUCCACACGGGGGAUAUAGGACAGUGGCUCCCUAAUGGCACUCUAAAAAUAAUUGACCGUAAGAAACAUAUAUUCAAGCUGUCACAAGGCGAGUACAUUGCUCCUGAAAAAGUAGAGAAUAUUUAUGUGCGGUCGCAGUACGUUGCUCAGGUGUUUGUGCACGGCGAGAGUCUUAAGUCCAGCGUGGUGGCCAUCGUGGUGCCGGAGGUGGAGGCCGUCAAGGAGUGGGCCCGGGAGCAGGACAUCCCCGGCACGCUGUCCGUCCUGUGCGCCAACCCCCACGUCAAGCAGCUCAUCAUGGACGACAUCACCAACCUCGGGAAGGCGGCCGGUCUCAAGUCCUUCGAACAGGCCAAAGACAUCUACCUUCACCCCGACCUCUUCAGCGUGCAGAACGGCCUCCUCACGCCAACCCUCAAGUCCAAGCGGCCGCAGCUUAAAAAGUAUUUCACCCCACAGAUCGACGACAUGUAUGCCAAGCUUCCCUAGAGCGCCGGGCCAGGUCAGCUAGCAUACACUUGUUACUUAACGGCGUGCUGAGUGUGUAUGUGUGUGCGUGUAUGUGUGUGUGUGUGUGUGUGUUUCAAGUCCAGAGUGUAAGUAACUUUGAGUGGAUGUAUUGAACAAUUUGACUUGUGCCUCAUAUUGCCUGUAUUAGACAAUAUUUUAUGUUAACAGUAGACACAGAUUCUCAUUAUUUAUUUGAAAUACAUAAUUAUGGUUAUGCUUGGAGAUUACUAUCAAACAUGUUCAUAGUGAAGACCAAGGAGUCACUAGGCUUGACAUGGUUGUACAUAUAGGUCAAAACGAGAAGACUUUAUCAGUGUACGUAGUCAGGUCACCUUCUAUACAUAGUUUGCGGUCGUUCAUUGAUGGUACUUUUAUCUUCAACAGCUUCAGUGUUUUAACAUUCAGCUUUAAAAUUUUCCUAAGCUUCAUUGUGAAAUUAAAAUAUUUGUGAGCUAUUUUUUAGGGGCUAUAGUUUUUUUUUUUUUUAUGCCUAUAGUCUGGUUACCAGCUGUUUCAGUGCCACCAGAAUGCAGGUCUUCAUUUGAAAUGUUUAAAGUUAUGGAGUAUACUCGCAUUUCCCAGAUUGUUUCAUGUGCAAUAAGAGUGUUGAGUUAACAACAAUUACAAUUUUACAAAACUAUAUAUUGAAAAGUGGACUUUUACAUAUAUUGUAAAAAUGUUCCCCUUUGUUAUGAAGCAUUGCUUGUACAGUUUUCUGGUGUGAAAUAAAUCAGUUGCAUGAUCUCUUUGGGUGAAUGGAGGUGUAGGCAAACUUGUGCAAAAGUCAGUUAAAGAAAAUUUAUUAGGAAUAAAUCAUAUUUAUUUCAAACCAGGUAUUUCCUAAUGCAUAGUGAUGUAUUCAAGGCAAGAGAUAUUCUAGUCAGUCUGCUGGAUUAGUAAUAUCACGGUGCAAGGUGGUGAGGCGCCCACCACUGGUUGUGUGUUUGUGAGCUUCAUAUCGGACUCAGUAUGAAUAUGAUAAACAAUGUCACAAGGUGUUUAGCUAUGGUACCAGUGUGUAUGUACAGUCACAGAUUAUUCUAAUUACACUUACUAAGAGGGUGGAUUCACGGUGACCACAGGCAGCAAUAAUUGUUAGAGAGUGAGGGGGAACAAGGGUGAUGGAAGUGAACCCAAAUGCUCCUGAGUUAUCUUUUACCUUUGAAGGACUUCAGUGAAUCAAACAGGUUCUAUGUUUUGUUCAUAAAGAUAUUAAAGUUUUGUAAUAUCAUAGGCUGUUUGAGGGAGUCCAUAAUUAUUUCCAAUAAAUAUGAAAAUUGGA